GUAGCCAUGUAUUAUCUCAGUCGGGUUGUCACCGACCGCCAUACAUUUUACUUCUGAUACUCAGAAACACAUACGCCUUAUCUUUCUCUUGCAGUGAUCUCGUCCAUCCAUUUGACAGCUCACUGGGAUCUAUUCGAGAAUGAGCGGCCAACAGGGUCAAGAUGCGAAGUUCUUCCAGCGCGGUAAGAUCGAGGAAUUCCGUACAGAGCUGCAAGCUGCAGAGUCGAAGGACAAGAAAUAUCAGAAGCGGAAGACAGUGCUCAAGAAAAUCGUAGCAAAUAUCACUAUGGGAAAUGACAUGUCUCCAUUAUUUACGGAUGUGGUACAAAGUCUGGGGGCUCCCCUUCUUGAAAUCAAGAAAAUGGUCUACCUAUUUCUUAUGAGUUAUGGAAGACUAAAACCGGAGCAAAUACAUAUCGUCAUUCCAAGUUUCCUACAGGACUGCAACGACCGUAAUCCUCUCAUUCGAGCGCUGGCUAUCCGAACCAUGUCAUAUAUACCAAUCCCUGUUGUUCUGGAGCCACUCAGCGAACAAUUACGACAUUGCCUCAAGGACAGAGACCCAUACGUUCGCAAAACUGCUGCUAUCUGCGUAGCCAAACUAUACGUCGCCGAUUCACGGAAAGCCGAAAAAGGAGGCUUUGUUGAGAUGCUCAGAGACAUGAUGUUGGACACCAAUGCCACAGUGGUCGCGAAUGCCGUUGCAGCACUAUCAGAGAUAGGCGAUCGACAAGACGGGGUGAUAUUUAAACUAAACCUAACUAUAGCCAACAAGCUCAUCGCUGCACUGGGUGAAAGCUCUGAGUGGGGUCAAAUCUAUAUCCUCGACUCGUUGCUGCGCUAUGUUCCCGAAGAAUGUGCUGAUGCCGAAAUGAUGGGCGAGCGAGUGAUAGUACAGCUACAACAUGCAAAUUCUGCUGUAGUCUUAACCGCCAUAAAAGUCCUCCUGUAUCUAAUGAACUAUAUGGAAAAUCGACGUCUUAUCGACUACAUCUGUAAAAAGAUGGGACCCCCACUAGUCACAUUAAUAUCGUCCGGACCAGAAGUACAAUAUGUCGCCCUUCGUAAUAUACUUUUGAUCAUUCAACGACGGCCAACGGUUCUCAAAAACGAUGUCAAAGUGUUUUUCUGCAAAUAUAACGAUCCAAUAUAUGUCAAGCUUGCCAAACUAGAAAUCAUGUAUAGGCUAGCGCGGGAUGAGAAUGCCAAGGAGGUACUGGCUGAACUUCAAGAAUACGCCUCAGAAGUCGACGUCGACUUCGUGCGAAAAGCUGUUCGGUCAAUAGGUCGAUUAGCAAUAAAGGUCGAAGGGGCAGCAGAUAUCUGCAUCCAAGCACUUCUUGAUCUCAUAGAGACCAAAGUAACAUAUGUUGUUCAAGAGGCUGUCAUCGUCACGAAAGAUAUUUUCCGACGGUACCCCGGCAAAUACGAAGGUAUAAUCCCUAAGCUAUGCGAAAAUAUGGAUGCAUUGGAUGAGCCAGAGUCCAAGGCCUCUAUGAUAUGGAUACUCGGACAAUUCGCAGAUAAGAUUGACAAUGCUGACGAGUUAUUGGAUGACCUGGUUUAUACUUUCUUGGAGGAAGCUGUUGAGGUGCAACUUGCACUCCUGACAGCCACGGUGAAGUUGUUUAUCUAUAAAGCCGACUCGGAAACCGCCAAAGAACUGGUUCACAAAGUCCUAAAAUGGGCAACAGAGGAGGUCGACAACCCUGAUUUACGGGACCGAGGAUUCAUGUACUGGCGGAUGCUUGCUAUGAAUCCAAAUGUAGCGCGUGAGAUCGUGCUUGCAGAAAAACCAGCCAUCACCACUGAUUCUGAUCGUAUGGAUCGCGGUGCACUGGAUCAGCUGUUGCUUCACACAGGCACGUUGGGAAGUAUAUAUCACAAGAAUCCUGAGACUUUCAUCAGAAAUGCUGCCGGAAGAGCACUGACAGACAGUCCAGCCCUGAAUGCAAAUUCGCGCUCAGUACUCGUUACUCUCCGACCUCAAUUACCGUCCGCAGCCAAUAUAAACGUUGCAGGACCUGGGCCAAUUGAGCCGCAACCAAAUGUGCCUGCUGCUGGUUCGUCAAGACCUGCCCAACUCAUCUCUGAGGACGCAGGACCUGGCGAGGAGCGCGAUCUGUUGGAUAUAGAAGAGUCGACUGCUGAAUCUGGUACCGGAGGUGAUAGCGGGGAGGGUAAUGUGGAUGUGGAUGUGGAUGCAGACGAUGAUGAUCCUCGCGCAGCCAAGGCAUUAGAUCCAUACGCAAAUCUGGCUGGUGCAUUUGGAGGUUAUGUGGCAGAUCAGCCACAACCAAUAUCUGGGACUUCGCAGCGCGGCGGGGAAUUGGACGAUUUAUUAUUCUAGUAAACGGGCACUACAGUACUAAUGUUAAAUUCCACCAAGACAUUCAUUAAUGUGCAUCGUGUUCUUCAUCGGUAUUUAGAUAUCAAUGUAGAUCUGUAAUCCACAAAACAUACAGGG